UUGUUUCAGAAUAUAUUUUCUUAUGCAUUUCUCAGUUUGGCCUUGUCUCUUGGGAGUAAUCUGAAAAUUUUUGAUGCUAUUGGUGAUGUAUCUACCCCGGAAUCACCAGCAACUGCUGCUAUGAUAGCAAAUAAAGCUGGUUUAAAAGAAAGAUACGUUAGAGAAUGGCUCGGUAUUGUUACUUGUGGAGGCUUCGUUGAGACCGAUGAGAGCGGUGAGCAAUUCUGGUUGAAACCUGAAUAUCGUGAUGUGAUUAGUGGUCCUAAUGCAACAUUUAUGCUAAAAAUAAUGAAUAUGAUUGGGAUAUAUGCUAACAUGGAGAAGAACAUCGAAAAUGUUUUCAAGAAAGACGGUCCCAGAGGGGCUGACUGGAAUGAUUACAAAGGGCUGCAAAAGUACUUUGGACUAAUUGCAGAAGGAACUUAUGGCAACAAUUACUCUGAUAAGUUUCUGGCUUAUACCGGGUUUGAGGAAAAAAUAAAAACUGGCACUACAGAAGCUAUCGAUAUUGGUUGUGGGAACGGAUAUCAUCUGGAAACUUUUUCCAAAGCGCUUCCACAGGUUAAGUUUACUGGUAUUGACUUAAGCAAAGAGGCAAUUGAGGAAGCGAAUAAGCGGAAAAUGGAAAAAAAUUUGACUAAUGUUGAAUUCAUAGCGAUGGAUGAUCAAAAAAUACCGAGUGAAUGGACUGGUAAAUUUGACUGGAUAAUGAUGUUUGACUGCGCUCACGAUCAACCACGUCCAGAUUUGAGCUUCAAAGAGAUUCGCAGAGCCUUGAAAGAUGAUGGAAUUUUCACAAUGGUUGAUAUCGACGGCACGGGUAAUAUUUAUUCGGAUAAAAAACAAUUCGGCAAAAGAGCAAUGGUUUCAUACCUUUUCUCAACGUUCAACUGCUUGCCGUGCUCUUGCAACACGCCAGAUGCUCUAUGUUUGGGUUCCAUGUGGGGACGAAACAGAGCUGUUGAAUUAUUAAGAAGUAGCGGUUUUAAAGUCAAAAAAAUUAUAAAAAUGGAUAUUAAUUCACAAGUUUUAUAUGUAUGUACUAAGUAA